CCGAUCCCUUCACUCCCCUCGCCAUCCGGCAUCGUGCCGCCAUCCACCUCGUCUCCCCGAUCCAGAUGGAGAUCCAAAGCCCUAGGCCGCUCUCCCCCGCUCCGCCUCCGUGUCCAUGGCGACGGACGCCUCCCCCCUCCGGCGCGCAAGAGCCCGGGGCCUCAGCCGGCGGCGGACCACCCUGAAGACGACGCCCGGCCGCUGCCGGCGGGGUACAUCUUCAUGUGGAGCGGCGAGACCAGGCCCGAGUGCUUCAGGUACAGGGUGCUGGGCCUACCGUGGGGGAAGCUGGACGCCGUCUCCCGGAUCAGGCGCAGCGCCGCGCUCUUCCUCUACGACUUCCACGCCAAGUACCUCUACGGGCCCUACCGCGCCAAGACGGUGCGCGCGCUGCUGGCGGGGCUCGGCGAGGACGACCGCCGAGAGGGGCUGCGCAGGACGCCCAAGCGCGUCGCCAAGGCCUUCCGCGACGGCACCCGAGGUGACCAUUUUUGCUGCCGCCACCGCUGUGCCGGUUGGAGGUGCUGCUGCUGCAUCUGGCGGAGCUGCAGCUGCCGCCCCAAAGGGCAACCUUCAUCAGACACAACCCCAUAACAGGGCCUCAAGGUUUUGUGCCCCAUCGCCCCUCUUUCUAAAUUACUGAAACGAAAAUGGCUAGGCCUGAUGUGCCUCUUGUAUCUAUUGCUCGAUUUGUUAUGAUUUGAUUCACCAAGAGUGAUUCUUCUACUGUCUUGUAGCAUGGUUAAAUGGAACAACGAGGGAUGUUUCCAAUUUGGUUAUUGCUAGAAUAAUUCAUCGACUUGAGAUAUGCUGGGAUGUUUUGCCUGUCCUUACUGAAGAAGAUAAGAAUGGAAUUUAAUUGGAUGGUCCCUUUCAUCGUGCUUAGCUGUAAAUGUGCCCCUCUUACUGAAGAAGAUAAGAAUCCAUAUGUGUUAUGCAAAAUUAACUUUGUCAUCUUGUAAGCGCUCUAGGCAGUGUCUCGAGGGUGAAAAAUAUGAGAACAAAAAAGAAUUACUGGAUUAAUUUACAACAUCCAUCCUUUACUUCGUCCAUGUCAUUGUUGUUUACCCCUGGGAGUAUUUUUAACUUGAAAAUCUCUGGUGAACUGCCAUUUGGAGUACAUUUGCUUGCUCUGUUAAUUUUUUUGGGUUACUCCAUCUUGCUCUGUUAAGUAAAAUUUGAUAUGUGGAGUAGCAGCAGUAAGCUAGACCCUCCAUCUUGCUUUGCACAUAGUCAAAGCUACUCCAAGUUAGCAGCACUACUGUUAACUUCUCAAUGUGCUUGGAUUACAUUUAACUUGUAGUACUCCAGUACUCCAGUAAUUUUUCUUAGAGUAUUUAACAAGAUUGAACUGUACAUGUGUGGAGUAAUUUUGCUUGGAGUAUUUAACAAGAUUGAACUUGUCAACAUUUAACAGUAUUUUUUAGUAAGUAUAUUGAACAUGCUUCUGAAUAUUUGCAGAUUCUGAACAUGCAAGCAAAUCUGCAGGAGUAAACAAGUUCUUGUAUUUGGAUAUCAUCUGUACCCUUCUAUUAUGAGUUGAUUGCACAUGAUUGGGCUGUGCUUCCUCUGAUUACAUUCAGAAUUGUUUGAUGUUAAUGAUGAUGAUAUACUAGGAGCAUUACUUUCACCUACAAUAAUUGGCUCAGUUUAAUAUAGUAUAACCGACAGAACAUCUACAAUUCCAGUCAUGAUUGCUCUGUACUGUUAAGAACAAAGACUCAUUUUGACAGUUUGUUUUUUGUUUGUGCUAUCCUCUAUUGAAUGAAUUCAAUAAAGUUCUCAGAAUUCUGCCUGGCCUUCUACUAGUCCAAAUCUGAAGUAGUAUUACUAAUGUUGUUAAGUUGUCUAAACAUGCUUGCUGCUAGCUUUAAAGUUGAUCUAAAGAACCAUUCAUGCAUUUACACAUUCAUGAUUUCCUACUCUGUUUGUAAUUGUUCUGGUUAACUGUGCUAGUAGAUAUUGCCUGGGAUUUGUAGCUGGUGUCUGUUGUGUCAUGUUAAGUCCUUAGUGUUCAGUACAUGGUACAUAUAGAGCUGCGUACAGUAGUUACAAGAGUCGAUCGUGGCGAGAGAUUAUUAUUUCUUCCUCAUACUAAUAUCUGGUUUACAAUGUGGCGAGAUUGUCAAGUUUGUAAGCUUUUCAUCACACAACCCUUUUCCUCCUCAUAUGGAGUUGCUCUGUUGUACCAAAAAUGUUAUCUAUUCGUAUGUGCUUGUACAAAAGGAUACAAUUAUUAAUUGUCUAGUUACGAUUUUUAGCAUUUGUUGUGCUUCCUAGGGACACCGAUCUCUUCUCUUCUAUAUAACCCACACUGAUCUUUAUUGUUUGAUUGACUGGAAGAAGUUUUGAUGUAGUUUUUUUAAUCAUGCAGGAGUUUACUUUGGAUGACAAAUGUGUGUAAAUCAUCCACCUCCUCAAUGAUGCUAACCCAAUCCGAUCAUCGUCGACACUAUCAUCAUCAGGAUCUAAUGUUGUUUGGGCUGCUGUUGCUGUGACGGAAGAUCGGAAGAGGCAUGGAGAUGCGCACCACAGUUUUAGUUGAUGUUGCACCAUGUUUUGGUGCUUGUGUAUCUGUUUUUGCUUGUAAGCACACUUGUAUGUGCUUGUGUAUCGUGCUUGUGUAUUUGUUUUUGCUUGUUUUAGUUGAUGUUGGACGUGCGGACUUGUAUGUGCUGUUGUGUAUUUGGCUGAAUGAUUUCUGAAUUUAAUCAUUUAGUCAAGAGAAUUAUUGAGUGUUUGCUGUUCAAAUGUGUAAAUUGGAAAUCAGUGAAUAAAAA